CAGUAAAGCGCUGAGCUGUGUGGAAGCAGCUGGGACGUUGCGGUCUCUGCUUGUACUAAUAUACAGGGAGGAAGUCAAUGAAAUCAUACUCAGAAUUUAUAGAAAAGACUGGCAUCAGGAAGGCUUUAUGUGCUCCGAGCCCCUGGACUUCCGACUGUUUAGAGAGACUGCCGGUGCUAUACAGUUGAUUGUUUUCUUGCAAAUAUGGGUGUGAUUGGCGUGCAGCUGGUGGUUACCAUGGUAAUGGCCAGUGUCAUUCAGAAAAUCAUACCUCACUAUUCGUUUGCCCGCUGGCUCCUCUGCAGUGGAAGUUUGCGGUGGUAUCAGCAUCCUACAGAAGAUGAGCUGAGGAGUCUUGCUGGGAAACAACAAAAGGGAAAAAACAAGAAAGAUAGGAAGUACAAUGGACACAUCGAAAACAAACCACUGACCGUCCCGAAAGAUAUAGAUCUGCAGCUGGAAACCAAGUCCAUUGCUGAAGUGGACACCCUGGCUUUGCACUACUUUCCUGAGUACCAGUGGUUGGUGGAUUUCACCGUUGCCGCUACGGUCGUGUACCUCAUUACUGAAUUCUACUACAGCCUGGUGGCUCCCUCUAAUGAAAUGAACAUCAGUGUAGUGUGGUGUCUGCUGGUCCUGGCCUUUGUAAUAAAGGUCCUCUUCUCAUUGACUGCUCACUACUUUAAAGGGGAGGAAGGAGGAGAGCGUUCCCUCUGCAUCACAUUUGCAUUUUUCUUCUUUGUAAAAGCCAUGGCCAUCCUAAUCAUAACAGAGAACUACCUGGAGUUUGGAUUGGAAACAGGGUUUGCUAAUUUUUCUGAAAGUGCCGUGCAGUUUCUUGAAAAGCAAGGUCUGGACUCCCAGGGCCCUAUAUCCAAGCUAACGUUCAAACUCUUCCUGGCUUUACUGUGCUCUCUGAUCGGUGCUUUCUUAACAUUUCCUGGCUUGCGUUUAGCUCAGAUGCACCUGGAUGCACUGAAUCUGGCAACAGAAAAAGUAACACAGACUUUACUACAUAUCAACUUUUUGGCUCCUUUAAUUAUGGUACUGCUGUGGGUGAAGCCUAUAACCAAGGACUACAUAAUGAACCCAACACUGGGUAAAGAAAGUGUGCCAUUAAUGACAGAGGCCACUUUCGACACCCUGCGCUUGUGGGUCAUUAUCCUGCUGUGCUUGCUGAGGCUGGGUCUGAUGCGCCACCACCUCCAGGCAUACCUGAACCUGGCCCAGAAGUGUGUGGAGCAAAUGAAGAAGGAGGCUGGGAGAAUCAGCACUAUUGACCUGCAGAAAAUGGUUGCUCGUGUGUUUUAUUAUCUGUGUGUGAUAGCCCUUCAGUAUAUGGCGCCUCUGGUGAUGUUGCUUCACAUAACACUGCUGCUAAAAACGCUAGGUGAUCACUCCUGGGGUGUUUACUCUGGACCUGAGUGGCCAGUACACCCUGAUCAGAUGCCUGCUGCCUCCUUGCCACUUGCAGCUCCUGAAAACACAAAGGUCUCUGUGGCACAAAUAACAAUGGCACUAGGGAGCCUUAGGAACGUUUUCACUCCACUGCUGUUCCGUGGCCUUCUCUCCUUCCUCACCUGGUGGGUCGCUGCCUGCUUGUUUUCUACCAGUCUCUUCGGGCUGUUUUACCAUCAGUACCUAACUGCUGCAUAACAAGAAGAUUCCUGGAAACUUCAAAAGCAGGAAUUGAAAGGUCCCAGGUAGCAGAUUAGCUAGAGAUGGAGGAGAUCUGGAAAAAGAAAAAGAAAAAAAAAAAACUAAACAAAAAUAACAAUUAUACCUGUGGUGACAGCAUAUCGGUAGAGUACCUUGUUCAGUGCUUCCUAUAAGAUUUUCAGGGUGUUAAAAACAAAACCUAAAGAAAAAAAAAUGAUGUUGAGGUGAGGGUAACAAUGCUGAUUUCUAACGGAGACCGGAGAGCAAGUGAACAACAUGUGUCUGUUGGGCCUUUUUGUUUCGAGAUUGAUUGCCUGUGUAAAAAAAAAAAAAAACAAAGAAUACCAUGUUGUGAUCACUUGACACCUGUUAUGGCCUCUCUAGAUACAGUUUAUACAGGAUCUACAGAACUUAAACAGGUAUAUAUUGAUGGAAUGCAAACAUUUUAAUGUUACACCUUGAUUUUAUAUUAUUGUUAUUGUUAUUGUAUGUAUUUAUUAUUUUCAGUAGAAACUGAGACAUAUUUAACAAAAAUCAUAUAUGUUUCUGUUGGAAAGAAGAUUGUACUUUUCACAGCUAUGUGGGGAUUCAUCCAACAGCGCUGGCGUUUAAUACUACUGUAUAUUACAGUACAGCAAGAAGCCGUGAGGCCUGGAGCGUGUGUGUCUGAAGGUGAGGCUUUUUCACAUCGGUGUAUGCAAGCAUGAGUGCUGCCAGUUGAAGCAGUGUUACUAGUAUACAAUGAAGUGCGUUUUGACUGUGGUAAUGGCCAUCAACUGAAGGGUGCAUUGUUAUGAGAAGCUCCAAAUCUGUCUGGAGCUGCAGUGUCACAUUUUAAAAUGUAUGGCGUAGUAAUCCUCAAGAGGCGGUCCUAGCAUACGGUCCAGUCUUUUCCUUUGCUUCAUAACAAAUCCUGCCCUUUUAGAAUGAGGGUGACCAUAGGGGUUUUGUUUGUGUUUUUUUUUUUUUUAAAUUUAUUUAAUGGCAUUAGAUUCCCUUUACUGAAAUGGCUGCGGUAGUCCCAGAAUAAGCCCAGGUCAUUAAAGCACAUCAGGUCCUUUACUUUUAAGCUUCUUGUGUUGGGGAGCAUGAGCAAUUUAUGAUGGUGUUUUGACAAAAUGUUUGAACUGCCAUUGAAGGUGACUUUUGACUUGUUUCUGUAGUACAAUAACAAGAAGGUGUGUUUGUUUUGUUCUUCCUGAGAGGGAAUUUUUUUUUUUUUUUUUUUUUUUUUUUUUUUUUUUUGAUGCAGCAUUUUUUAUAAGGAAAAGGUUUCAGAAUGUACACACAACUUUCUAUGUAGAACUUUAGAGCCUUCCUUUCUACAUCAUUUCGAUAAGUAUUCAAGUUAUCUAAUGAGCUGCUUUUUACUAACGUAGUGUAGCUUGUAACAAAAUACAUCCAUCCUCCAGUACAUUUGUUUUUUGCUCUGGUAUUAUCUAAAAAAGCUUUGAAUUAGCAAUAAACCUGGCUGGCAUGUGUACAAUUAUUUUUUUGCAUACUGUACAAUACUGGACACACAUGUCCUUUGCAUCACUGUUCAGCUAAACUGUUCACUUCACACCACUUGUUUCAUGGUUUACAUAAAGGAUUAUUUGACAUUCUUUUAAAAAAAAAAAAAAAAAAAAAAAAAAAAAGUACAAGUCUAUAGUAACCAAUCGCCUAUCCACAAGAACAUUCCAAACUGCAGUGCAGCUCUUCAAGAAAUGCACCACUGUUGCUGCACAAACACUCAUGUCUUAAAAGGACAAAGUUGAAAUUGUGCCUCAAUUUUGAAGAGGGGGUCCUUAUUUCCAUUUUUUUUUAAACUGAUUGCCUAAUUAAAUCCUUUACCCUGAUUUAAAAUCAGAUCUGAAUUUGCCUGUCAUUUAAACAUGAGCUGUUUUUUUUUUUUUCAAUUCAAGAUCUUUGUAGACCUAGCAACAGCAGUAAUUAUGUAAACAUUUUGAAAGCAUUGUUUUAAUGUUGCAUAUUAUUUGUUGACUCACCGGGAUGUUUUUUUUUAAAGCACAGAAUAAAAUAGUACAAUGUAUUUAUCCCUGUUUUUAUACUUAAUUCUAGUAUUUGAGUGUAAUUUAAUGUUAUUUAAUUUAAGUAAUUUAUUUGGUUUAGGAAAAGGAAUAAACACAAACCAAGCACCUGACGUCUGUUUACUGUGAGAAACCCGCCACUUGUUUGAAAUAUUUUAGCAUUCAUGUUGUGAAGUAUUAAUCGUGGCUAAAUGCAUAUCAUUUUACCUACCCGCAUCUAGAUUUUAAAAGCAACAUGGCAAGUCUGCUGAGUUGUAAACGACUAGAGUAUGAGUUUGUUUUUUGAGCAUCAAGGAGCAAAGCGCAAGUGGCAUGCCACAUUUGAUAGUAUUAUCAUAAAGCAUAGGUAAGCAUUGUGAAGUACAGAGGUAUGGUGAAAGAUGUUUAAAAGCCUGCUAAACUGAUAAAUGCAUAGUGUGCCCAUGGGUAGAGUGCAAAAUGUUGCCAGUGAACUUUUAUAAGGGGUGGGACCAUGCACUAGUGCAGUGGUUCUCAAUCUAGAGUCCAGGGACCCACUGCAUUAUAGGAUCUUAAUUGGGUUGUCUUAAGCUACUCCUGCAUUCAGAUAGGGUUUGCUUUAAAGAUGGAGGAAAACUAUUUUAAUAUCUUAUUGAAACCUUGCCCAGUUUUGAAGUGCUGCGACCAUAGACAGCUGCCCAUAGACCAAUAAUGAACCAUUUACUGCUGUUUUUAAGCAGUAAGGUUUACUCAAAAUCUUGCAUCCUUGUGUUAACAAGCCUGAUUCUUUCCCUGGUUUAUGCUGCUAUUCUGUAAGUCUUCCAUCCAAGAAUAUAUUAGCACACAUGUUAAAUUGUUAGAAAGAAUGUUGAAAAACAGAAUUGACCUAUUAGGGGCACAGCACAGUGUACAUGUGGAGUAACUUCUUUUUUUGCACAGCUGUAAAUUAUAAGAUUAACUUAUAAAACCUCAAUAGUUAAGUAUACCAUAUCACACCUGACGGGUGUAUGUAGAUACAUAUAUUUAUGUCAAAUCUAUUCUGUCAGAUGAUAAUAAAGGGGCACAAUUCCAAAUUACAUACUACUUCAAUAAGGCUGCAGCUACAAAAAAAAAAAAAAAAGUAUUUCUACUGAGGUUCUCUGGCAUAUAUAUCUGCAUGAAUGAUGGGCUAACAUAUUCUACCAUAUCCAGUAUGCUAUGAGUCUGGGGUUUUAACCAGAGAAAAAGAAGAAAAAAAAAACCCUUAACUGGCAGGAGUAUUAAUAACGCAAGAGGAUUUGUGUGUCUACCCGUUUCAUUUGAGGGAUCUCCAUGGUAUGUUGUAUUUUGAUCAUUCAAUAUUUUUUGAAAAAUGUUUUCCAAUAUUAAGAACUUAACCUGUUAUGCUGUAAAUUAGUUAGUUAAUUUAAUUACUGGUUAAUAAAGCAUGCCACACAUUUCUACUGUAUGGAAAUAUUUCCAGUUUCACAACAUUUUGACCAUUCUUACAAGUAUGCCUUGGAGGAUUCUUCCUUAUUUUUAUUAUUUUUUUAUUAUUAUUCUGCUGAUGUGUAGGUGGAGGAAUAUCCGGUUUAUAAAUCUCCACAUAAUUGAACUAUUAAGGGACUGGAACCUUAAACACACCUUGUGUGUUUAAUUCUAGAUCACUUGGUCAAGUAUGGAAUUACAGAAAUGGAAGCCAGACCCUUGUUGAACUGCUGCCCUCCAUGUUCUGUGCGUUUGGUGCAAAUCUAGGAAAAACAACCACUUUUAACACAUUCUUAUCAGAGGAGCUCGUAUUUUUUCACACCUGUAGACCCAAGCCUUCUGGUAAAUGAUUUUGUUAUAGAGUAAGGAGCAUUUUAUCUGUUUAACAUUUCCUUUGUAUUUUAUGGUGUGUGGUUCUGGGUUCUGUUGCUCCAGUACUGAGUUGUCAUUAUUCUCUAAACAAGCUGUUACUUGCUUGGUGCUAGCACUGGAAUUCCUUCCUCAUUCCAUUCAAAUGUGGCAAUGUUACCUUUCAGUGAAGGCUGAAGGCUGUUAGCUGCAGGCACUUCAGAUUCUCCAAACAAAAAGGCAGAUAGAAAGAAUAAUUGUAAUAAAAAAAAGAUUGUGACUUUUUCCGAAAGGGCAGUAUUCCCUUUUUUUGAAGUAUUGCACUCCAUAGGCUUGUGGCCUUAUGUUAAAUUUUAACUGUCUGUCUAGCAUUGUUGAAAUUCUGUGUGUGUGUUUGUGUUUUUUUUUUUUAUAUGGUACAUUUUACAUGAUUUACUGAAACAGGGGUCAAACGUUUCCACAUAUUAAUAAUACCAAAGAUCACCACCUUUUUAAAUCAGUUCUUUUUUUUUGUGCUCUUUAAAAAAUUAACUUCUGAGCAGUAGACGUCAGUAGAAAAGGAGUAAGAUGUAUUGGUAAAGAAGCAAAAACAAACCAAGUAAAUCUCUAAAUGGGUUUUCUUUCCUUCCUUUUCUUUUCGCAUGCCUUGUAUUCUUGUGAAUUGAUUCAAAGAGGAAAUGUGUGUUUGUUCUUUUUAUUUGUUCCAGUCCCAAGUAAAUACGCUAACCAACAAUACUUUUAACUGUUUGAUUAUUUCUGCUGAACUGCAAAUUAAUAAUGUUUACCAUGUUGUUGUCUGGAGUUCCUGUAAAUGUACAGAUGCUAAAGUAAAUUAAAGUGAUUUUGUUUU